AUGGGUGAUUAUCCAAAAGCACUUUCUUAUUAUGAAAAAGAUCUUGCAAUUGGACAACAAUCACUUCCUUCCAAUCAUCCUGAUUUGGCUAAGUCCUAUAACAACAUCGGUUUAGUGUAUGAGAAUAUGGGCAACUAUUUAAAAGCCCAUUCAUUUUAUGAACGUGCUGUAGAAAUUGGACAACAAUCAUUACCAACAAAUCAUCCUAAUCUUAAAAUGUAUAGAGAAAAUCUCGAAGACAUGAAAAAGAAAUUAUAG